AUGCCCAAAAGAAAAGCCAGUAAAGUCGUUGAAUCUGCUUCAGAAGAGAGUGAUCAUUCUCCAGUGGAAAAUGAUGAUGGUGAUCAUGCCUCACGCACUCGAGUUACUCGCAGAUCUUCUGAUGUUUCUUCAAAAAAACACUCUCCAGAAAAGAAAGAGACGCGAGUAAAAACAAAGAAAGGAUUACAGAAAAGUGCUUCAAAGAAAAAGAAAGAGAAAAGCCAGUCUGAAUCAAGUUCUGAUACAGAAGCAGAUACAAAUGCAAUCAUAUCUUCUCAAGAAGAGAAGAUUGCACAUGAUAAAUUACAGGCUCUUUAUGGGUUUGCAGAAAAACGUGCCACUCCACUCACAGACUACAAUGAAAAUUCCAGAUGUCCAUUUCCAGGAUGUGAUUCUCAAGGUCACAUGACAGGAAAACAUGAAACCCACCGAACAAUAUCAGGAUGCCCGCUGUACCAUAAUACAACUGCAGAUGAGUGUAAGAAACGAUUUGAAGAAAGGCAAAAAUCUUCAGAAGAAAGGAAAAAGAUUGUCAAAAAUUUAAAUGAGAGGCGAGACCUUCGGCGGCUGCAACCAACAGAAGAACAGAAAGAGAAGACUCAGAAAGUUUCUGAAAUUCGAAAGAAGGGCAAUGUCUCACUAUCACAUGAGUUGAAAAGUGAACAUUUAGCCCAUAGAGAGAAACAUGGCCGCAGCCGGGAACCACUCUUGAAAGGCCUUGCUUCCCAUUAUGAUUUACGGCUCUUCAGAGAAGCCCAGGCACGAGCCUGUGAGCAAAUGGAGCAUGAAAUGACGCAACAUUAUCAACUCAGUGAUAUUCAAGAAUAUCGAAUAAAGAAGCUAGAAAUUGGCCGGUUUGAAAUGAAUACGUGGUACUCUUCUCCAUACCCCGAUGAGUAUGCUCGAUUGCCAAAAGUUUAUUUGUGUGAAUUUUGUCUCAAAUAUAUGAAAACUGCAACAAUAUUACGACGGCAUAUGGCCAAAUGUGUUUGGCGGCAUCCUCCUGGUGAUGAAAUUUACAGGAAAAAUAUUAUUUCUGUAUUUGAAGUGGAUGGGCAGAAAAAUAAGGUUUAUUGUCAGAACUUAUGUUUGUUGGCGAAAUUAUUUUUAGAUCACAAAACACUUUACUUUGAUGUGGAGCCUUUCUUAUUUUAUGUGAUGACUGAAAACGAUUCCAGUGGUUGCCAUAUUGUUGGAUAUUUUUCAAAGGAGAAGAAUUCUUUUCUGAACUACAAUGUGUCUUGCAUACUCACUCUGCCACAGUACAUGCGUCAGGGCUAUGGCAAAAUGUUAAUCGAUUUCAGUUAUUUGUUAAGCCGAAUGGAGCAAAAAAUUGGGUCUCCAGAGCGUCCACUUUCUGAUUUAGGUCUUAUCAGUUACCGAAGUUAUUGGAAAGAAGUACUCUUGAAUUACUUGCACCGUUAUAAGGGAACAGAAAUCUGCAUCAAAGAUGUGAGUCAAGAAACAGCCAUUAAUGCAAAUGAUAUUGUCAGCACGUUACAGGCACUAGGAAUGCUCAAAUAUUGGAAAGGGAAACAUUUAGUUCUGAAGAGACAAGAUUUGAUUGAUGAGUUUCUGGAGAAAAAAUCAAAACGUCCACCAGAUUUUAAGACAAUUGAUUCAAACUGUUUAAAAUGGACAGCACCUUCAAAACGUGCUCUUCAGGUUUGA